AUGAUCCCGCCCAGUGCCCCACCCAACCCUGAUCUCUCCCUCUCCGAAACGUCCCUCGCGGUGGGGGCUUCGGGUAAGAAUCCUAAAGUAUUUGUCACUGAGCACAGCGAGUUUGGGCAUUGCACCAACCAGAGUUAUCGCUGUGUUUCUCAACACAGUUACGCAAACCCUGUGAAGGCGAAGAAGAUCGAGGAACCUCCGUACUAUAUCCUCAUCACGGCCUAUUUCAGUUAUCUCAUUCUCCUGUGCUUUGGGUACCUGAGAGAUUUCUUGGGCAAGUAUUUCGCGAAGAGACAUUUCACUCAUAUCAUGCCCCUCAACGGUUAUGCACCGCUCAACUCGGGCUUCGAUUCAUCUAUCAGUCGUCUAAAAGCUCGUGUAGGCGACUGCGUCGCUCCGCCCGUCACUGGCGUCGCAGGUCGCACCAUUCUCAUGCUGGAUCGGUACUCGAACGACAAUAACUGGACGCAGAUUUACACCGGCACUAAGACACGUGCGCUCAACAUGUCCUCGUAUAACUACCUCGGGUUUUCCCAGACGCAUGGAGGGUGCGCUGACGCUGUUGAGGAAUCCAUUAACCUGUACGGUGUCUCCACCUGUGGUUCGCGCCUCGCAGGUGGAUCGAGCGACCUGCACACCAUGGCGGAAGCACUCGUCGCUAAGUUCGCCGGAACAGAGGACGCACUCAUCAGUUCCAUGGGGUUUGCCACCAAUUCAACUUUCAUACCCGCCUUGGUUAGCAAGGGAUGCCUGGUAAUCUCAGAUGAGCUCAAUCACGCGUCUAUCCGUACGGGUGUACGCCAGAGCGGCGCACAAGUCAGAAUGUUUAAGCACAACGACGUGGAGAACCUCGAUAGUCUCUUGCGCGAUGUUAUCAGUCAAGGCCAGCCCCGGACACAUCGGCCGUGGAGGAAGAUUCUGGUUAUUGCCGAAGGCCUAUAUUCGAUGGAGGGGACGUUGGUGAACUUGCCUGCGAUCAUCGAGCUCAAGAAAAGAUACAAAUUCUAUCUCUUCGUCGACGAAGCCCACUCCAUCGGCGCCCUCGGUCCUCAUGGUCGUGGUGUGUGUGAUUACUUCAACAUCAACCCCCACGACAUUGACGUCCUCAUGGGUACAUUCACUAAAUCCUUCGGCGCUGCUGGCGGUUACAUUGCUGGCCCGAAGUCCCUCAUCGACUCCCUUCGCCUCCGUGGGCAGAGCGGCCCGUAUGCGGAGUCAAUGACCCCGCCCGUCCUAUCCCAGAUCAUGGCAAGCAUGGCAAGCAUCAUGGGGGUGGUUCCUCCCAACUCGUCCCACUCUGCAUCUAGUGAAUUGGCCGCUCCAUCUAGUUCUGUCAUUCAUCCCGGCGCUAUCUCUCCAGUUGCCCUUCCCUCUUGGCUUCGACUCCCUCCUAGCCUGUAUGACGGUUCGGAAGGCCGUACACGCCUGCUUCGCCUCGCGUUUAACUCACGCUACCUUCACGCUGGCCUGUCAAAGCUAGGCUUCGUCACUUACGGCCACCCCUUUUCCCCGAUUGUGCCCCUGCUUAUCUUCAACUUUGGAAAGAUGUCUACGUUUGUGCGGAUGAUGCGAACUCGCUCAACCCCCGUUGUCGUUGUCGUCGUGACCUACCCUGCCACGCCACUUCUAAAAUGUCGUGCACGAUUCUGCGUCAGCGCUGCACACACAAAGGAGGAUAUUGACAUAGUACUGCGGGCGUGCGACGAGGUUGGAGACGUCCUCGACCUAAAGCAUUCGCGUGGCGAACGGUGGCAUGUAGAAGAGAUUUGCCGUCGCAGCGUUGAGCUUGUCGAGGGCGUCGCAUCGACGCAAUGCGCAUGA